AUGCAUUUAGGUGCAAUCAAACAGCUAACGGAACAAGAACUUUUCCGAGUAGUUAUUCCCACCCCUGAACUUCUUUCAAUUAAGACAAAGACCACAACAAAGGCAGCAACAAGGAAAGUUCCUAAUCAACCAGUUCUGAUCUGGAAUGACUUUCUUGCUAAUGCCUUUAAUGCAUCAACAACUCUUGACACAAGCAACUGUAUAUUUAGCAAGCCUGACAUCGAUGGUGCUUUAUAUGUUGAAGAUUCUGCUGUUGAUAUGUUUUUGAAUACGAUGGCUGCUAUUAACAAUAAAAGAUUAAUUCUUUUACACAGACCAGAAAGUUGGGGUAAGCAUUAUAUGUUUCAAGGAGUUAAAGGUCAACCAGAUGCAAUACGCUGUAGUGCUGAUAAUAAAACCCUCUUGAAAAAUUUAAAAGCCUCUCAGAUACUUUCAAUAGUAGAAGUUAAACCUGAACAGUUAAUGAGAAGUUUGAUAAAAGAUGGAGCUGAAUUGUCUGAGGCAUAUAACACAGCAUUGACAGUGGAUGAUGAUGGAACAACAGAAUAUAAUAGGCAUCAAAAAAUUAUUAGAAUCAUUAGACAAAUAUUUGGAUAUAUGGUUGUUAAUGACCUACAAUAUGGCUUGCUUACAACAUACAUUCGAACAUGGUUUUUUUACUGUCAAUCUCGAAAUCCGGACAUAAUUUACAUUUCUCCUGCAGUUUAUAUCAAUCAGGGCCACACAGAUAAUUAUGCCUCGUUCUCUGAAUGUGUACGUUCUAAGAAAAAGGGUGUUUUUAAGAAUGCUUUGAGGGUAUUCACUCGUAGCAUGUCAAAAAAAGGUAAAGAAACAGCAAUUAGCAAUGAUGAACUUCUGAAAAACAUGAAAAAUUAUAAACGUAACCAAAUUUCUUUUGGUGAUUUGUUGGGAGGUGGUCGAUCUGGUGCUGUUUUUACAGCCAAGUUUUAUGAAAAAAUAGGUGUUCUUAAAAUGGUUGACUUGUAUAAAAAGGAGUAUCUGGUAACUGAAAUGCUAAAUGAAAUUAAAAUCUACCUUGGACCUCUUGUGGACAUCCAGGAAAUUUUCAUACCAAAGCUUCUAAAAUAUGGAGUUCUUCAUGAAGCUUUUGUAUUUAUUUUUAUUCCAUUUGCCGGAAGAUCUUUUGCAGAGCUAGGAAAUAAUGUCACAAAAGAAGAGAAGAAGUUGGCUAUUUUGGGCUUACAAGCAAUACAUGCAAGAGGGGUAAUGCAUGGAGAUGUCAGAUUAGAGAAUGUAAUGGUAAAGAGAGAUGGAUUGGUGGGUAAGACUCUUGUGUGGUGGAUUGACUUUGCAUGGAGCAGAAUGGGAUGCAAUGAAAAAGUUCUGAAUAUGGAGUUGAUUGAGUUGAAACGUUUACUUGGCAUGACAAGUAAGCAUGAUACAAUAAUUAGUGCAAUCUGCAAUAUAUCAGCAUCUCAGCAAUAG